UUGUGCUCCUUUUUCUUCUCCUUCUGGGACCUCUGUAAUGUGAAUGUUGGUCCACUUGAUGUUGUCCCAUAAAUACCUUAAGCUGUCUUCACUUUCUUUCUUUUGCUGCUUGAUUGUAUCAGGUAGUUCUCCCAUUGAAACCCUCUAGUUUAUUUUUCAGUUCAGUUAGUGUGUUCUUCAGCUCCAUGAUUUCUCUUUGGUACUUUCUUACAUUUUCUAUCUGUUGAAGCUCUAUGUUCACUCUUCUCCCAAGUUCAGUGAGCAUCUUUCUGACCAUUAUUUUGAACUCUUUUCUCAGGUAAAUCACUUAUCUCCAUUAAGGACUUUUUCUGAGAUUUUAUCUUGUUCUUUCAUUUGGAACAUAUUUUUCUGUUUCUUCAUUUUCCUCAACUCUGUGUUGGUUUCUAUGCAUUAGAUAAAACAGCCACCUCUCCCAGGCUUGAAAGGAGUGGCCUCGUAUAGGCGAUGAAACUUAUUCAGUACGGCCUUCGUUUUGCCUUUCUCUCAGACCUUUGUGAUUGUCCCAGCAGCCUAUUUAUUUUUAGUGGCUCCCAGUCGUUGCUUGUGUGACAAGACCUGUCAGUGUUCUAAAGGGGAGGAUGUCACUCAGCAGCUUUUAACAUAUGCAGAUCUGAUUUGUAUCCACUGUGAUCAGCACUCUCAAUUAGGACUUUCCAGAUCCUGACCCAGGACUGCGGAGUAACCAGAUUCCUCACAAGAAGGAGACAGUGAUUUCGGAUUCCUUGGUGGAGGAAAACCAAACCCUCUGGUCUUGCUUCCAACGAUGCAAGUGUGAUCGCUGGCAUCUUCAUGAGCUCCAGAGGUCACAGCACACUUCCACGGACUCUCAUGGCCCCUCGGAUGAUUUCUGAGGGCGAUGUAGGAGGCAUCGCUCAGAUCACCUCCUCUCUCUUCCUGGGCAGAGGCAGUGUGGCCUCCAACCGGCACCUCCUGCAGGCUCGUGGCAUCACCUGCAUCGUUAAUGCUACCAUCGAGAUCCCCAAUUUCAACUGGCCCCAGUUUGAAUACGUUAAAGUGCCUCUGGCUGACAUGCCUCACGCCCCCAUUGGACUGUACUUUGACACGGUAGCCGACAAGAUCCACAGCGUGAGCAGGAAGCACGGGGCCACGCUGGUGCACUGUGCCGCGGGGGUGAGCCGCUCGGCCACUCUCUGCAUCGCUUACCUGAUGAAAUGCCACAGCGUGUGCCUGCUGGAGGCCUACAACUGGGUGAAGGCCCGCAGGCCCGUCAUCAGGCCCAACGUAGGGUUCUGGAGGCAGCUGAUAGACUACGAGCGCCAGCUCUUUGGGAAGUCAACAGUUAAAAUGGUACAGACGCCAUAUGGCAUAGUUCCAGACGUUUAUGAGAAAGAGUCCCGACACCUGAUGCCUUACUGGGGGAUAUAAAGCCACCAAAGCCUGCAUCAGCAGCCCCUUGAGCAGGACCAGCAUCUGCUACACACCGUCUGCUCCCCUCUUCACCUUUCUUUUCACAUGGUUGACUUCUGGUUCUCCCUGAAGUGUUUUUUACACUGGGUGUUCAAGUUUAUUUUAAAAGCUAGGGAGGGAGGGGAAGAACAUGAGGGGAAUGCAUACAUUGCUAGUAACAUUUUUAAAACUAACAUUUUGGAAUAGUGUUUAUGAAAAUCUUUAACUGGCUUUUAAUCAUUUUUAACAAUUUGAACAGUUUAAUAAACUGGUUCUGCUAUAUUCUGAAUCCCAUGCCUUUAGGCAUCAUGGCAGGUGCGGGAGGAGCUCAGUGCAAAAAUCACUUUGGGUCCUGAUUAACCCUUUAGCGACCAGCUUUGCCCAAGGCUGCCGACCAAACCAAUGCUUAAGGAAGAUUGAUACCAGCUUCAGUCUCUACUGGAUUAGCCCUACUUUUUCCUUUCCUAUUUAGUGACUCUGUAAGUUAAAAACAUAAACCUUUAUUAUCUAGUUGUUAAGUAAUUAUAAUGAAAUCUGCUGCAAACACCCUCUUGGAAUCAUUGUGCCCCAGGACUAUAUUAGCAUUAUUUUUAAUAAAUAUACCUGCAUA